GAUUGGGGAUCUGGCCCAGACCCAGGCAGUGGGGUAGACCAGCUCAGUGAUGGGGUUCAGUUCAGAGUGGGGGUUGGUCCAGCUCAGUGAUGGAGUCCAGGUGGUACUAGGCAGUGGUCCAGUCCAGUGUUGAGGUCCAACUCAGACUAGGGCAUGGCCCAGCCUAGGGCUUGGCCUUCCUGCCGCAGACUUUCCAGGACGAGCAAGUUUCAGGGAACACGGGGUCCUGAGAUUUUUUUGGGGGGGGAGGUCUGAGGCUGGGAUCCUGCUUCCUGCUGGGGCCCUGGCUUUUUGAGGGCUGUUUUCCCUGUGAGCCCAAGUGGAAUCCAGCCCAGGGUGGAAGCUGGUACCCCUCCUGUGGGAAACAGGAGCAGGCCAGGCCUACAGUCUCCAAAGACAGCAGCUAGCUGGGUUUCCCUUCUCUGCCACUUCCUGUUGUCAGCAGGGGCCGAGGUUGCCAGGCACUCCGGGGAAUAAGUAGCUGCCACUGACCCUCCACUACUUUUGGGGAUCUGGAAAGAAGGAGGAAGAUGGUCAAAGCUGCCUCCCCCUCCCCCACCCCUGGGUUUAGCGUUUCGUUUCCGGUUUGGACUUUCAGGGCUGAGAGCAGAGCCAAGCACAGGGCAAGGUUUGACAGAGGCCAAGGACAUCCCGGGAUGUCAUGCCCCUCUCCGCCCCUGCACAGGAGCAGGACUGAGUUAGAUGUUACCCAUUUCUCUCUCAAAGUAGCCAAAUUUGAGGGCUCCAGUUUCAGAGAGCACUUGGGGGAGGAGAUAGGGUGUUUCUCACUGCCCCCCCCAACCUCCGCCUUUCUCUCCAGCUGCUCUUUCAGCUAAUUAAUGGAGUUCUGGGGCCUCCUUGACCCCCAGGGAGGCCCCGGCUGCUGCCUGGGCCUGAGCCUUAACUCCUUCUCCUCCCCAGUGGGCACUGCCCUGGGCACAUUGGAUGCCAUCCUCUGGGCAGUCAAGCACCCACUGAGAAAGGCAGGGCCUGGCAGCGGGGAGCAGUGAAGUCCCUGGAACGGGAAGUUAGCUUUAGCACCCCGCCCCCAGGGCAGGCAGGCCCGCCAGGAGGGACACCCUCAGGAGACUCUUCCCACCACCUGCUGCCAAGGAGGGCCUUUACCAACCUUGGCCAGCCGGGAGCAGGUACCUUUAAAUGCUUCCCUAGCAACCAGCUCCUCCUCCUCCCCUGUCCACCCCCACCCCCAGGCCCUCCCAAGGAAGUCAGCUCAGAGACUCUGCUGUAUUCCUGGUUUCCCUACCAAGGGAACGUUCCUGGGAGAGUCAAGGCGGCCUGGGAUGGAUCCGGGGUCAGGCAGAGGCUGGGAUGGGGACUCAGAGACCACCUUCCAGCUAUGGCUGCAGCUGCUUCUCUGGGGCCAUCUGAUUGUCCGCCUCCUGAGCUACCUGCGCCAUACCCUCUGGGCACCUAAGCCGCAACCAGCACCUUGAGCCUCCCUGGCCACAGGCAGAUGGGCCCCCCGAUCACCCCAUCCCACUCCACUCCCUGCCCUUGUACCCCCUGCUGGAAGAGGCAGGAAGCAGAGUGAAAGAAUUCUUAGCCAAAGCCAAAGAAGAUUUUCUUAAAAAAUGGGAAAAUCCUGCUCAG